AUGCAAAAUGAUGGAGGGCGAAUGGAGAGUUUGAACUCACAUUUGAAGUUAUACUUCGAGCCAUUUAAAGCUAAUCUUCGUACUCUAAACGAGUUUCAAAGUCAAAUGAUAACUGAUGCUCAACCAAAUUUAGACUUAAAUUUCUUUACAACUUUUUACCCCCUUCAGCAAUAAAACAAAGAAGUAAAGCUUGACUUUACCAAUAAAAUAGACUUGGUUCCCUCCAUUUUAGAGCAACUUGUAAACUUUUACAGAGAAACCUAAUUUUUCGAAUAAAAUAAGCAGGUGUUGCCCUAACAGAUAUAUUACCAAGUAUUUCAAGAGUAUUCAACCUGGGAACUUAUACUCAAUUAGUUUUAUGCAGAUGUUGCUUUUAAAACAUUCAGCAACAAGCAAGAUGGGUGCAACCCUAGAACAGUGUAGCAAUUGAAAUCUUUAAAGUAGCAUAAGAGCUUGGUUCUUUUGGCAUGUACUCAAUGGCUUGAGUAAGUAUAAGCAUCUCAUUUCAGAGAAAAGAAUGUCAGCGUGAGUCAUGUCCUGAAUUUAAGGAAGAAUCCCAAUAUAGGGAUGGGAGGUAGCAGUCAGGCUGAUACUGAAGCUUCAGGAUAUGAAGACUUUGAUACUGAGGACUAGAUUACUUCUAAUGAAUAUAUUGAGAGAGAGAUUGAGCUAAGGAAAACUAUUUUUGAAUACUUAAGAUGUGGAAAACUCAGAGAGAUUCAAGCAAGACUAAGUACAGCUGGAAGUUAUGAUCAUGUCUUAAUGCUUGGAGGAUCCCUUCCUUUAUUUGAUAGUGUAUGCUAUGAAUAGUAUGAUGAAGCUGCCCACUUAUUCCAGAAGGAUUAGGAAGAGUAGAGUCAAAUAAAUAAUGGCAUGUACAAGAAUAGGCAUCUCUAAAAAUAAAUAGAUUAAACUCUGGUUAUUGGGAAUAGAAAUUAUCUGAGUUUUAUUAAUCAAUUCUAUCAAUCUCAGCAAUACUAAAAUCCUAAGAAACUCAGGAAUCCUCUUGUCAUCCUAGAAAAUGGUAUUCAUGGCACCUAAGUUGGAGACAGAUUGAGCAUAUAAGCUGUAUUCUAGAUGUUCCUAGAUUAAAAGAUUAAUCAGUAGAAAUUGUUGGAUGGAAGAGAUGGAAGAAUAAACAAUGAGGCAUUCUUGAAUGAAUUGCACUAGCAGAGUUAUCUUGAUAAUCUAUGGGCUUCUUUUAAGUCAAUCAGUUAGUCUAUGUUAAUAGAUCAAGUUAUUGAAGCUCUUAAGGAUGGUGAUGAUUUAGAUCUAUAUGAAACAUUUUAUUCUGAGUUAAUCGAUGAGGAAUCCUUUAAUUAACUCAGCAUUCAAGUAAAGAAAAAUUUCUAAUUCUAGCAAGUUGAUUACGUUUUCAGAGAUGCUUUAAAUAUUUCAAGCAAAUCUCAACUAUCAUGGUUUGAGAGCAUCCAAAAGGAUAUCGUAAAUGCUUAGUAUCAUGCCUCUGACCCUUAAAAGUUUGGAGUUACUGCUUGGGAUAAUUUACUUGACAAAAUUUAUAUGGAAAUCAUGCAUAAGCCUAAGGGACCAAUAGUUGAUAAAAAAUAAGAGUAUCUAAAUUAAUAAGAGUAGCUUAUUCAAUUAAGAUUUUCAACUCAUUUUGCUAUGAUACUAAUGCUGACAGGAAGAAUCACAGCAGACCCAAACAGAGUUGAUCAAUAUAAUGAUCUUAUACUCACAUAUACCUAGCAUAUCAGGCAAUUGACAGAUUAUGAAAGUAGAUUUGAGCAAAUGAUGCUCUAUAUAUCAUUUAUGAUUGGAACAGAAAAUCAAGCAGAACUGUAUCAUACCUGCUUUGGAAAAAUAUAGGAUACAAAUCUCAAGAAGUAAAUACUGCAAAAGACUUACGAGCACUUCUCUAAAGAUCUCAGCGAAAAAUUCCUGAGAUAUGUGGCUGAAAAAAAUAUCUAUGAAGAGAAGUAUAAAGAGAGAGGAAAUUUCUUAAGCUCUAACAUUGAGGAAGUUCGUGAAAAUGUCAAGAGGUGUCCAACCCUAGCGCUUGAAGAUAAAGAUGACUAUGAGAGAACCAAGAUGGUCAAUUGGUUGUUCCAAGAGGAAGACUACAAGAAUGCUUAUUAUUUCUCUAAUGAGCUAGCUAGAAAAUAUCUUAUCGAGGGAAGAUGUGAUCUAGCUAAAAAGAUUUUAGAUUACAGGAAUGAAGCUAAGGGUAAUAGAAAACUGCAAGACCUAGCUAGAGAUAUGGAUAGAUCUUUAAACUAUUUCUUGAAUGAAGAUGAUUAACUAUCAGUAGUCUACUUAAGAGAAAAUAGGCAAAUUAGAAACAUCAUUAAUGUGAUAGAUAGAUCAACUGAAUUAUUCACUGUUAGGCAAGAUAUAACAGUAGCCAAGUACACUGCUUUAUUGGAAUAAUCUUUUGGAGUACUAUUUGGAUAUGAGGGUCAAAUAUUACUAGAGGAUUAGCCUAGUAUUUAGAUUCCAAAGCUAGAAGAAGAUGUAUUCGAUUAUUAUUUUCAUUACUAUGAUAGCGUGAGAGAUAGGAGGGAAUCAGAAAAGUUAACAAAAAGUAUGUUUUCGAGCUCGUUGAUAUUUAUCGAGGACAUCAGAUAGAAAAAUGAAAGGAUUUUCGAUUACUUGACAAGCUAGGACUUGCAAAAUUUGAUUGGCUUAGUGACUGACGUGGUUAUGAGCAGCAGCUAGACUAUUAUGUACGAACUUUUGCACAGUGAUGAAUUUUAAUGA